AUGUAUGGCCUUUAUCUUGAAUAUUGUGAGCAGAACAACAUCCAACCUGCAACAGAAAGCAUUUACGGAAUAAUCUUCAACACCGAAUUCAACUUCUCAUUUUUCAUCCCUAAAAAAGAUUUGUAUGAUAUUUGCAACAAGUAUGAUGGCGGAACAACAGAAGAAAGAACUGAAAUGGAAGAAGAAUACCAGUUGCACAGAAAGAACAAGGACAUUGGACGGGAUUUAAAGAAUGCUGAUAAACAGACGGCUAAGCAAAAUACAGAAUUUUGUGCAGCCGUUUUUGAUUUGGAACAAAUACUGCCUCUCCCCAAAAGUAAUGUUGGUAUGGCAUAUUACAAACUUGAAUUAUCAACAUACAAUUUCACGAUUUUUAAGUUGGCAAAUUCUGAAGAACAUUGUUACAUGUGGUACGAGUCUGUUGGGAAAAGGGGAAGCUCAGAAAUAGGCAUCUGUUUGAUGCGUUUUAUCGACCUCAAAGUACAUGAAGAUACGAGAGAAUUUUCUUUCUAUUCCGACAAUUGUGGAGGUCAAAAUCGAAACAAAUAUAUUUUUAGUACGUAUAGCUUAUUAGCACAGAAGCACAAUAUUGUGAUAAGGCAUACAUUUUUGGAGAAAGGUCAUACGCAAACCGAAGGGGAUUCGAUGCAUAGUGUAAUUGAACGAGCAUCUAAGCUUAUCCCUUUAUUUACCGCUGAUCAGUGGUAUACUUUAGUACGCAGCGCAAAAAGAAGUAAACCGUAUGUAGUAACUGAGAUGGACAAAGAGAAUUUUUUUGAUUUGAAAGCGCUUGCCAAGGAUACCAUUUUGAAUUGGGAUCGUGAUGUGGAAAAUGAGAAGGUUUCUACAAAUAAAAUACGAAUUUUAGAGGGAACCCUCAAAUUUCCAAAUAAAAUUUUAUUCAAAUACGACUACAAUGAACCGUUCAGAACAAUUGAUUUAUUAACAAAAGGCAGGAGGACAAUUGAUCUUGAUCUAAAAAAUAUACAGUUAAAGCAAUGUUACAAGGGUGCUAUCUCGAUCAGCAAAAAAAAGUAUGAUCAUCUGCAAUUCCUAUGUGACAAGGGGACUAUACCUACUCGGUACCGCAGUUUCUACAAGAACUUACAGUAUUCCAACGUAAGUAGGGAAGACGACUCAGAAUAG